GUGUGUGUGUAUCAGUGUGUGUGUGUGUGUGUGUGUGUGUGUGUAUCAGUGUGUGUGUGUGUAUCAGUGUGUGUAUGUGUGUGUGUGUGUGUAUCAGUGUGUGUGUGUGUGUGUGUGUGUGUGUCAGUGUGUGUGUGUGUGUGUGUGUGUGUGUGUGUGUGUGUGUAUCAGUGUGUGUGUGUGUGUGUAUGUGUGUGUGUGUGUAUCAGUGUGUGUGUGUGUGUAUGUGUGUGUGUGUGUAUCAGUGUGUGUGUGUGUGUAUGUGUGUGUGUGUGUAUCAGUGUGUGUGUGUGUGUAUGUGUGUGUGUGUGUAUCAGUGUGUGUGUGUGUGUGUGUGUGUAUGUGUGUGUGUGUGUAUCAGUGUGUGUGUGUGUGUGUGUGUGUGUGUGUAUCAGUGUGUGUGUGUGUGUGUGUGUGUGUGAGUGUAACAUAUAUGAUUUAAAUUAAACAGAUUUGGGGUGCAGGUGAUAUGUUUGUCCGUGUGUGAUGUACAAUAUUACAUAAUAUAAUAGUACAGAGAGAGAGGAGGGGAGUGGAAAUCAUUUAUCUCCCUAAUCCUCUCGGCACACGCAACUGCCUGGUGCCUCUCUCAAUCACUCAGGUGGAAAGAGAAAGACAGCAUGAGGGAGGAAGAGAGAGAGAGAGAGAGAGAGAGAGAGAGAGAGAGAGAGAGAGAGAGAGAGAGAGAGGAGGUUACCAGUCAAACUGCAAGCCAGUGAGAGAGAGAGAGAGAGAGGAGGGAGGGAGAAGAGAGAGAGAGAAGAGCGAGAGGAGGAGAGGAGGUCUCUCUCUUUGAACACCAGCCGAGCAGCAGAGUGAAGAAAGGCAUCAAGGUUUGAGACGGGAGGGAGAGUGAGGGAGGGAGACAGAGAAAGAGAGAAGGAGCGAGAGGAUGGAGAAGAGGAAACCUAGAAUCUCUACAUUUAAGUAUAUAUAAGCAUAUCUAGAAAUAAACCCAUCACAAAUACGAUGGACUGUUAAACUUUAUUGAAUUUUUUCCCCGUGCUACACAUAGAUAGACAGACAGAUAGAAAGAUACAAAGCGAGACGGUGCUGUUUUCAUUCAUUGAGUUGCUGGCUCUGCGGGAGUCUCCUCUCCUCUCCUCUCCUCUCCUCUCCUCUCCUCCUGUUCUCUGCUGGCUGGCUGUCCGGAGCUGCGAUGGGGGAGUGGACGAUUCUCGAGAGGCUCCUGGAAGCUGCUGUCCAGCAGCACUCCACGAUGAUCGGCCGGAUCCUGCUGACGGUGGUGGUGAUUUUCCGGAUCCUGAUCGUGGCGAUCGUGGGUGAGACAGUGUACGAGGAUGAGCAGGCCAUGUUCUCCUGCAACACGCUGCAGCCGGGCUGCAACCAGGCCUGCUAUGACAAGGCCUUCCCCAUCUCGCACAUCCGCUACUGGGUCUUCCAGAUCAUCCUGGUGUGCACGCCCAGCCUCUGCUUCAUCACCUACUCUGUGCACCAGGCAGCCAAGCAGAGGGAGCGUCGCUGCUCCUUCCUGUACCCCCUUCUCGAGAGGGACUACGGGGGCGGGGCGGGGGAGAGGACGCUCCGCAAGGUCAUCAACGGGAUCCUGGUCCAAAACCCAGAUGGGUGCGGUAAAGAGGAACUGGACUGUCUGGAGGUGAAGGAGAUCCCGAACAGUCCCACUCUGGGCGCCAACAACAGCAGCAAGAGCUCCCAGUCCAAGAGCCGUCGGCAGGAAGGGAUCUCCCGCUUCUACGUGAUCCAGGUGGUGUUCCGGAAUGCGCUGGAGAUCGGCUUCCUGGCCGGGCAGUACUUCCUGUACGGGUUCAGCGUGCCGGGGAGGGUGGCGUGCGACCGCUACCCCUGCGUGAAGGAGGUGGAAUGCUACGUGUCGCGCCCCACGGAGAAGACGGUGUUCCUGGUGUUCAUGUUCGCCGUGAGCGGGGUCUCCGUGCUGCUCAACCUCGCCGAGCUCAACCACCUGGGCUGGAGGAAGGUGAGGACGGCGAUCCACGGGGUGCAGGCGCGGAGGAAGUCUGUGUGCGAGGGGGGGGCGCGAGGAGGAGGAGGGGGUAAGAAAGACCCCCCACCCCCGCCCCCCCCAGCCGCGCACAGCCUGGGCAGGACCCAGUCCAGCGAGUCCGCGUACGUUUGACGGCGGGGGGGGUCUCUUGUGUCGAUUUUCUGCCCCCCCCCUCCUCAGUCCAGCACCAACAUCCUGACUCUUAAGAGGUUUUGAUUUUAAAAACUUUAAGUCUUUUACAGUAAAUGUGAAUUUUUAAAAAACUUUUAUAUUCAUUUUUUCUCAGAUCUUACCAGAACGUGUAUCGUUUUGUAUACCUGGGGGGGUGGUAGGUUGAAUUUAUCCCUCUCACCCCCCCCUUACAAUGCAUGCAUAAAAGAAUUGUAAAGUGCUGAAAAAAAAACUCUGAGCGGUGACAUCACAAUGGCUCUUUGCGACGUCACGGAGACCGACAGUGACCCUUUGUGACAUCACAAUCGCACUGAAGUUCCACAACACCAGCAAAAACGAAACUCCUCUUCUUUUGAAAUAAAUAAGCACAAUUCCUUUAUAUCCCCAUAAACACAAAAAAAGAAGAGGAUGACAAGAGCGCAAUCCUGGUGUUUUCGGAGCGCUCUCGUUAAAUUAUCUUCUUAACAAAUGCCUUGGAAACCCCAGUGAUACAGUUACCUGCAGAUAGAGAGAACCUUCAUCGCAAGAAGCUCUUAGAGAGAGAGAGACACAGAGACUGAGAGAGAGAGACAGAGACUGAGAGAGAGAGACAGAGACUGAUAGAGAGACACAGAGACUGAGAGAGCGACACAGAGACUGAGAGAGAGAGACACAGAGACUGAUAGAGAGACACAGAGACAGAGAGAGAGACACAGAGACUGAGAGAGAGACACAGAGACAGAGAGAGAGACAGAGACUGAGAGAGAGAGACACAGAGACAGAGAGAGAGCGACACAGAGACUGAGAGAGAGACAGAGAGAGAGACUAAGAGAGCGACACAGAGACUGAGAGAGAGAGACACAGAGACUGAUAGAGAGACACAGAGACAGAGAGAGAGACACAGAGACUGAGAGAGAGACACAGAGACAGAGAGAGAGACAGAGACUGAGAGAGAGAGACACAGAGACUGAGAGAGAGAGACAGAGACUGAGAGAGAGAGACAGAGACUGAGAGAGAGACACAGAGACUGAGAGAGAGAGACAGAGACUGAGAGAGAGACACAGAGACUGAGAGAGAGACACAGAGACUGAGAGAGAGAGACAGAGACUGAGAGAGAGACACAGAGACUGAGAGAGAGGCACAGAGACUGAGAGAGCAAGACACAGAGACUGAGAGAGAGACACAGAGACUGAGAGAGAGAGACAGAGACUGAGAGAGAGCGACACAGAGACUGAGAGAGAGACAGAGAGAGAGACUGAGAGAGGCAGAGAGACUGAGAGACAGACUGAGACAGAGAGACUGAGAUAUAGACUGAGACAGAGAGACGGAGAGAGAGAGAGAGAGAGAGAGAGAGAGAGAGAGAGAGAGAGAGAGAGAAAGAGAGAGGGGGAGCAAGUCUUCUUUCCCACACACACGUCUCGCUGCUCAGACUCUGUUUAACUUCACCGCAUGUCAGCUGUCUCUGUUUAUCUUGAAGAAGGAAAGACUGGGCUGGAUCCUGGACUGAACCCAGCAGCCCGUCUGCUUGUCGGGCCCUGAAAAGACCCCUGUGUGAGCAGAAGAAGCAGCGCAGGAGAGAAGCGUAGAACGAGACUCAAAGGAGAAUAUUGCAGGAGACUGGAACCUGGUGUCUGGAAACUGGAACUGAAGUGGAAGUGGAAGCCACAGUGAAGGGGGAGGAACGGGCUGAUCGAUAGGGACAGGGACUGACUCCAUUCUAGUCUGUGUUUGGGAGGUGUAAUGGACUGAAUCACCCCUCCCUCCGGUCCACGUUCUUGCUAUAGCACAGCCAGGGUGGGGUCUGUUCCCAGUUCUAACUCCCUUUUAAAAUGAGCUUCUCCCAGUGGCGACCUUGAAGUCGCUGUUUUGUUAGUCCGUUAAAUUGGCUUCAAAUGAAAGCUGUUAAGAGAGUAAUUAGUGGGUCUCUUGAAAUAUCCAUUCCGAUUCCUUCGAAGGAACUGGGAUUGGAAUUGGGAACUGAUUUUAAGCCAUUAAGCAUCAUUGGCCUCAUUUGAGGACAGGCUACUUUGUAAUUAUUUUUGGAGAUUUUUUUUUUUUCUCUAAAAUGUACAUAUAUGGAAUUACAUCAAUAAAUACAGCUUGUGUUUGAUUUCAUUUCAAAGAAAAUGUUAUUUGCUAGUUAAGGCUGUGUGGUCCAGUGGUUAAAGAAAAGGGCUUGUAACCAGGAGGUCCCCGGUUCAAAUCCCACCUCAGCCACUGACUCAUUAUGUGACCCUGAGCAAGUCACUUAACCUCCUUGUGCUCCGUCUUUCGGGUGAGACGCAAUUGUAAGUGACUCUGCAGCUGAUGCAUAGUUCACACACCCUAGUCUCUGUAAGAUGUCAUGGAUAAAGGUGUCUGCUAAAUAAACAAAAAUAUAAUAAUAAUAAUGGGUUAAAAACUGUUUUUACAGUUUUAAAAGCAGUGUUAAUUCAGGCUAGCAUUGUAAAGCACAGAGAGGUCUGGUAAAGCAUAGGCAAGCAUUGUAAAGCACAGAGAGGUCUGGUAAAGCAUAGGCAAGCAUUGUAAAGCACAGAGAGGUCUGGUAAAGCAUAGGGAAGCAUUGUAAAGCGCAGAGAGGUCUGGUAAAGCAUAGGGAAGCAUUGUAAAGCACAGAGAGGUCUGGUAAAGCAUAGGGAAGCAUUGUAAAGCACAGAGAGGCAUGGUAAAGCAUAGGGAAGCAUUGUAAAGCACAGAGAGGUCUGGUAAAGCAUAGGGAAGCAUUGUAAAGCACAGAGAGGUCUGGUAAAGCAUAGGGAAGCAUUGUAAAGCACAGAGAGGCAUGGUAAAGCAUAGGGAAGCAUUGUAAAGCACAGAGAGGUCUGGUAAAGCAUAGGGAAGCAUUGUAAAGCACAGAGAGGUGUGGUAAAGCAUAGGGAAGCAUUGUAAAGCACAGAGAGGUCUGGUAAAGCAUAGGGAAGCAUUGUAAAGCACAGAGAGGCAUGGUAAAGCACAGGGAAGCAUUGUAAAGCACAGAGAGGUCUGGUAAAGCAUAGGCAAGCAUUGUAAAGCACAGAGA